AGGGGCACAGCGUCGCCAGUCAGUCUUAUAUGACUGGCACCAUUUGGUCUAGGGCUGGCCCUGCCUGCUAUAUAACACAGGCCGUAGAGUCUCACCCAGUGCUUCCUGCACUGGGCCCAGUAACUUCCGGUUAAGCUAGAGCCUAUCUUUCAGAGAAUUGCUCGUGUGGACUUACUCAAGAUUUAUGCAGCAGAAUCUGGGCCAUCUGUGUAAAGUUCAUCUGAGUGCAUAGUUACAAUGUGAGCUGUUUAACCUGUCAAACCGCUUUUCCUCUAUUUAAAACAACAGCCAAAAAAAAAAAAAAAAAAGAGGCCUUGGAGAAGUAAGCUAAUAGCUAUGUGCUAGGACCUCUCCUAAAAAUGUAGGCCCCGCCUUUGAUUCGUUACAUAAAGAGGAGACAGCGGUAGUCACACGAUCCAGUUCCAUCAAGUGCUAAUGACAGAGGCGGUGGUAAAACAAUUAAAACCUUCAGCAGCGUAGGAGCCUCACAGAAGUAAUCUCCUGACCCGACAAGUUCGACGGAGCCCUGUUGUGGUGCGUGAGCCUGUUUCCAACUCUCCACACCUCAGACGCUUCCCUUUCCAUUGUCAGGCCAGGAGACUGAAGAGGUGAAACUGGUCCGGUACAUCAACAGACAGCGGCAGUGUAAGCUGAGUGUGCCCCUGAAUGACAGGACAGUGGAGCUCAACAGCUACCCAAGAUUCAACGACUGGUUAGACCUCGUCAAUGUAAAGAAAGAAGUUGUACAGAGAAUCCCAGAGGAGCUAACCCUAGAUGCCUUACUGGAUAUGAAUGAGUCCAAGGUGAAAGAAACCAUGAAGAGAUGUGGGGCCAGUGAUGAGGAGUGUUCCAGACUCAAUGGGGCUCUCACCUGCUUAAGGAAGGUGACCGAAUCAGGUGGGGAGUUAAAAGAAGAUCUGUUGUGGAAUCCUUCUGAUGCGCGUCGAGAGAGCACCUCUGCACACCCUGCAGAACCCUCCUGUCCUCCAGGCCCCACGUGGACUCAUGGCAUGCUGCAUCUUUCGAAGGGCAACAGCCAGCAGGCACGCUCUGUGUCUGUGUCCGCUAUACCUUCUUCGGAUUCUCUUGCCUCGAGCCAAGGACCUUCGAGCUACAUGGAUAGCUUCCUGGAACCUUUAGCCUUCCCCACCCACAGUGGCCGAGUAGUAUUUAGGACUCCUCACAGCAUCACCAUCACACCGCCAACGACACCUCAGUUCAAGAGGCGUCACAAAUUGAAACCUCCACGGACUCCCCCUCCGCCUUGCCGGAAGGUUUUUCAGCUGCUACCGAACUUUCCAACCCUCACAAGAAGCAAGUCCCAUGAAUCACAGCUGGGCAACAGGAUAGAUGAAGUUCCUCCUGUAAAGUUUGAUCUUCCCCAGGGAUCCCCUCAGAUGGUACGAAGAGACAUUGGCAUAUCCGUAACCCACAGAUUCUCUACAAAAUCUUGGUUAUCUCAGAUGUGCCACGUGUGUCAGAAAAGCAUGAUGUUUGGCGUGAAGUGUAAGCACUGCAGAUUAAAGUGUCAUAACAAAUGUACUAAAGAGGCCCCUGCUUGCAGAAUAUCUUUCCUUCCUAUAGCAAAAAUAAGACGGACGGAGUCUGUCCCUUCUGAUAUUAAUAACCCUGUGGAUAGACCUGCAGAGCCGCAGUUUGGAACCCUUCCAAAAGCACUAACGAAAAAGGAUCAUCCCCCGGCAGUAAACCAUCUAGACUCCAGCAGUAAUCCCUCUUCUACCACCUCCUCCACGCCGUCUUCUCCAGCACCUUUCCAGUCUUCCAAUCCUCCCAGCGCAACGCCUCCCCCAAAUCCCUCCCCCAUGGGCCAGCGGUUUCACUUUCCAGCUGCCUACUACAUUCAGCAUAGACAACAGUUUAUCUUCCCAGAAAGCCCCAGCCCCCCACAAGUAAUACAGCCGCCUGAAACAGCUGAAGACACUAAUGCUGAUGAACAGCUGGACACAGAGGGGGUUGAAGAACCUGAUGCAGAGGCGGAAGAGCAAGAGACGAAUAAAUCGGCACCGGAGGACGAUGAGGACGAGUUAGACGAUUUGCCCAGCAAGCGGCCGCACUGGAAAGGGAUGAUCUCCCGCAAGGCCAGCCAGACCAGCGUCUACUUGCAGGAGUGGGACAUUCCCUUUGAACAGAUUGAGCUGGGGGAACCCAUCGGCCAAGGGCGAUGGGGGAAGGUUUACCGGGGGAAAUGGCAUGGAGAGGUGGCCAUCAGGCUGUUGGAGAUCGAUGGGAACAAUCAGGACCAUCUCAAGCUCUUUAAGAAGGAGGUGAUGAAUUACAGGCAGACCCGACACGAGAACGUGGUGCUCUUCAUGGGGGCGUGCAUGCACCCCCCUCAUUUAGCCAUUAUUACCAGCUUUUGCAAAGGACGGACGCUUCACUCGUUUGUAAGGGAUCCCAAGGUAUCUUUGGAUAUUAACAAAACCAGGCAGAUUGCUCAAGAAAUCCUUAAGGGCAUGGGGUAUCUUCAUGCAAAGGGGAUUGUGCAUAAAGAUUUGAAGUCCAAGAAUGUCUUCUAUGACAAUGGCAAAGUGGUGAUCACAGACUUUGGACUAUUCGGAAUUUCGGGUGUGGUUCAGGAGGGAAGGCGUGAAAACGAACUGAAACUGCCUCAUGACUGGCUGUGCUAUCUAGCCCCUGAAAUUGUUCGCGAGAUGUCUCCUGGGAAAGAUGAAGACAAGCUGCCCUUCUCCAAGGCGGCAGACGUCUAUGCUUUCGGGACGGUUUGGUAUGAGCUCCAAGCAAGAGAAUGGCCUUUCAAGAGCCAGCCAGCUGAAGCACUCAUCUGGCAGAUCGGAAGCGGAGAAGGAGUGAAGAAUGUCCUCGCUACAGUUAGCGUAGGGAAAGAAGUCAGUGAAAUCCUCUCAGCAUGUUGGUCUUUCGACCUCAGCGAGAGACCCAGCUUUACUGUCCUCGUGGAUAUGCUUGAAAAACUGCCAAAACUGAACAGACGGCUGUCGCAUCCUGGACACUUCUGGAAAUCUGCAGACAUUAACAGUAGCAAAGUUGUCCUCCGGUUUGAAAGAUUUGGCUUGGGAAUCCUGGAAUCAAGUAAUCAAAAGAUAUAACAUGGUGUGUAAUUAUCUUGUUGAUACUGUUGUCUACCUGCUUACACACAACAUCGGAAACCGUCACAGCAUCUUCCGAACUAUGAAACUGGUGCAGCCCUACCUGCAAGCCACACGACCCCUCCGUUCAAACUGGCGUAUGUUGUUUCUGAAGUCUGAGUUCUGCCUAAGCACCAGCAAUUAUUUAAAAAAUGUUUACAUCGGAUGUUUCUCUAUGUGAACUAUAUUUUUUUAACAUGAUGAUAAUAAAGGUGAUUUUAAAUUUUUUCUUUAAGUGCAAGCAUUCAAACGGCACUGAAAAGAACUGCUUCCCCCAGUUCUUCAUUGCAUCUGUGGAGUAACUAAGGGCUAAUUUCUGCACUGCAAAUCAUGCACAGUUUCCACUGAAGCUAAUAGAGGUUGCACGUGUGUCAGAACAGCUAGCUUUAAAUCACUAAUGCAGCCAAUUCAAGUGAGAAGGAAUGGCAUUAUGGCCCCAUUGUGUCUUUUAGAAGUUUCCUUAUGGAGAACUUCAGUUUUUUAUUAUGUUGAAAGGAAAUGCAUGGAUUGUGUUAUGGUUUGGGCAAACUAAUAAACUCUGGAUUACUGAUCUUCUCUGGAAACUUUGUCCAAGCUUGGGCUGGUUCUGAUCUCAGUUACACUGCUGCAAAUCUGGAAUACCUCCACAGUGGAGUUAACUCAGAGUCCAGAUUUACACUGAGAUCGGAAUCCUGCCCUUUUGUCUUGACUGUUGAUUAGAGUGGAACCCUUUUCUAGCAUAGUUCAUUUAUUCAUAAAAUAGCAGAGGGUGGGAUUUUCAAAAAACCCCAAAACCAUGAGGGGAGUGGGAGCAUCAUAAUCUCACUGGCUUGCAGUGAAAACUGGGCACCUGAAUCCUUUAAGGGUUUUUUAAUCUCAGUUUUAACUUUUACAGAUUCACAGUAAUCAGAGUUGCCAUCUGCCUAUUGCAGCACUGUACUUAUUUGGGACUUAAAUUCUUCUCCAUUGCAAAUGGAGUUUCACUGUAAGCAGGUUCCACAGUAAUUGAAUAAUGGGUACUAGCAUCCAGUCCAUGCCAGCUGCAUUCGAGACCAUAUAAUCCACAUUCAGGGCCUGCUUCUGCUCUCACUUACAAUGGUGUCAAUCAGGAGUGAUUCCACUGGUGUCCGUGGAGUUACACAGCUGUAAAAUGAGUGUAAAGGAAAUGAGAGCUGGAUUCAUACUGUUUACUAAAACUGCUGGUGGUGGUGGUGGUAAUACACGUGGCUGUGUGUAUCACUUCAGAGUGGAUUCAGUUAAAAAAAAAAUUACCUACUUCCUACAGUGAGACCCCAGAAAGAUCCAAUAAUUAUUCCCCUUCUUCUUUCCUCCCCCCCCCCAUCUUCAGUGUGUCUACAGUACAGGAACUGGACUAUGGUUUUAAUCGGCUUUGGCCCUUUAUUAGCACUACUAACAUUUUAAUAAUGCAAAACAACAUGGCUUCUAGUGGAAAAGAGAAACUGCCUUCAAACACCCUUACUAGACUAGGGAGGUGCUGGUAAAUAAGCGGUAACUAUAGCUGGCCUGACUUUGAAAGUUGUUCAGCCCCUGCGGAGCCUGUUGACUUCACUGGGAGCUGCCUUUGAAAAUCAGGCCCAGGAUGUCUCGUACCUCAGACUGAACAGAAAGCUUUGUUUCCUGGUGUGCUCUUCCUGCAGAGUUCAGUUGCACUGCUUUGCCCUAGGCUGACAAUUCAGGUUAGACUUCUGAACAGCCUGCUUAGUUCAUCCUCGUUAUUAAGUCCUCUGCAUAUGAAUGAAAGAGUGACAUGAACACACACAGGAGAGCUGAGUUUUAGAUGUUUCCUUAUACUAAUCUCUAGAUCAAACCAGUACUUGAGUCCCCCCUCCCCCCAAUACAGAAGGCAGGUAUAUAUAUUACAGCACAUGAAAAGAGUUACCUUACCAAGUGGAGGGGUCAGUGCUAACAGGACCAAUUCAGUCAAGGUGGAAGAGGCCUAUUCCCAACAGUUGACAAGAAGGGGUGAAUAUACAUACCUGCCUACUGUAUUUUUCACUCCAUGCAUCUGAUGAAGUGAGCUGUAGCCCACGAAAGCUUAUGCCCAAAUAAAUUUUAGUCUCUCAGGUGCCACAGGGAUUCCUUGUUGUUUUUUGCUGAUACAGACUUACACAGCUACCCCUCUGAAACCUGUCCCCAAACUAGAACGAUUUCUGAUGACCCAGCAUGGAGUUCCUGGAAACGCCCCCCCCCAAUCACUCCCUCCACCCACUAAUGACAUAGUAUCGCUUUUAGCGUGAAAGUUCUUUCCGGUGGCAAAAAGUAACCACUCUUUAAAAGCUUCAUUUCCCUUUUGAAACCUGAAAGCUUGAGGUGCAAAAGUUUCAGGGAGCUUUUUAGCUGCUUUUUAUUUGUCACCAGUGACAAUGCUGGGUGCAGGACUUGAUUCUCAUGCUUUUAUUCUGAAAAAAAUCAGGCUUGAAGCAUUUGUGUUUUUGUGUAAAAACUAAGACUGGCAGGGAUCCUAAUGAGGAAGAAAGUCCGGUCUUGAGCCAUGUCUCGUGUUUUAAAGGUUGGAUUUUUUUUUUGAGGCAAAACCCACAAACUCAGCACUUUUUGCAUAGAAACAAAGGGGCCACGUUCUGAUUAGUGGAAUCAUCCCACCCAAAUGGACGUGCGUAUGAGCUACAAAGGCCGUGUUAAUGUGCAGCUUGUAUGCUGGCUUUAGGCAGCCCUGCAUGUACAAUACCCUGGGCUGCGCCCACAUGCAAGGGGCUGUGCACAGGUGCCACUGCCAAAUUGGGGGUCCCAUGCAUAGAAAUGUAUAAGCCAUGCCCCCUGGACAGCCGCUCCAUGACUCCUAGGAAGACUUUGUGUUUUUAUAUGGUGCAGAUCUCAAAGCACAAAGAUGGGUAAGAUCUGUUCUCAUAGGUGGGGAAACAGAAGGCUUGUGGAGCAGCCGCUCUGGGGCUGCAUCCUCACUAGGAGAAAAGAUCAGAACAUACCCUGAGUUAAUUAACUACAGGUAAAAUCCUAGUGAAUACCAGGCUGUUGUUGUUUCCACAAGCUAUCAGGUCAAGUUACAGACUGUUUAACUCCACCCGCUAACUUGUACAAAAACUGCAAAUUGUGUUGUCUUCUCUAGGAUUCUAUCUCUAGCUAAGAAUGCACAUCUACCACCUUGCUUUGUGAAGACAAGGCCCAUGCAUCUUCCAGCCUCCCAGACUGGGAAAUACGGCCCAGAUCCUCGCAGAUAUUUAGGUGCCUAAUUCCCAGUGGCUUCAAUGGGUGACAAGUGCCGAAAUACCUGGCACAAUCUGGGCCUGAGAUCCCAUUUCAGGUUUUCUGGGAGGCUUCUAUGUGCUGUCUUUGCCAGAAUUCAAUAUUCAGGCCAGAUGUCAGUCUGGACCCUUCAGGCUGUGGGGAGCCCCCCCCCCCAAGCCUUGAGUGGAGUGCAAGGGGCCGCAAACAGCACAUUGGUUUGAAGGCUCUGAACCUUAAUUUUUAAUAACCCUUUUUGAUUGUACUCCGACCCCUUAAAAUCUGUCUAGCAUUAUUACCGCUGACCGCUUUUCUGAGUUAAUGUGGUAAGAUGCUUCAUUUGCCUUGGGCAUCAGAUACUAUGUUAGAUUUAAAUAUUUGGUUGCUAAAAAUGAGGGGGUGCCCAGUCUUUCAGAAAGGGGCAGUGGGAGCAGAGGAACUCUAGGAGUAGAGAUGCACCAGUUGAAAGAAUGACAAGUGUAGGAAAGGAGGGUGGCACUGUGCAUUAUAGGUGUAUAAAUAAAAUAUCCAUGCUCCCAGGUAACACUAAGCAAGUGGGCAAAUGCUUUAGCUAAAAUAAAGGUCUUGUUUUGCUGGAGGGUGUAGCAGAUCUAUGCAGAUACAAUGGCUUUGUCCCAUCAGGCACCCUAUCCCAUUACAUCUAUAGCAGGUGUGAUCUCACAUGCACAUUCCAGCAGCAGCAAGCUGGGUAAUAGCUGCUGGUACUGGUACUGGUUCAUGACUUCUGCUAUAGAACUGCCUGGGGUGUUGGUACUUAAGGGAAAUACAAUCCCUUGGGGAAAAGAUACUAAUCCCAUUGAAGCACCCGGGGUUUGCUAGUGACUUCAGGGGGGCUAGGAUUAGACACUUAAAUUAAACAAAUACUUUGUGGCAGUUCCAUUUCAGACAUUUCCCCCACCCCACCCCGUGCACAUUACGGCAUGCAGACAAAAUAGGGUCGUGGAAGUGCUUUGAAAUGUUAGAGUUCAUGUUUUCAAAUUGGGGGUGGGGGUUGCAGCUAGUUUCUUUCUCUAGGACAUGCAAAAUGACAGCCAUGCUUCUAGAGGCCACAUAUGAAAAUCUGGCCCCUGAUUUUUUUUUCUCAGAGCAAACAAGAUGGCAUAAAUUAUUCCUAACUUCCAUGUUCCAGACAGUGUAAUAACAAGUAGAUGCUAAGUCAACACAUGCUCAGUCUCUUACAAAUAUUGUGUUCAAAUGUUUAUAAUGUGUGUGUGUGUGUCGAAUGUAAAACUGGUUUGUGUGAUAGUUACUGAUCCCACCAUAACUUUAUUUAAUUAAAUGAAUAAAACCCCUUGAGUGUAACUGUAUUUGUAGCAAGCUAUUUACACCAUAUGGUUUUGCCGAUUGAAAAAAUACUAAUAUUUGCUCUUAUCGCCAAAGCUGAAGACUGAAUUGUGCCAUCAGUAAUAAGCAGGAUUCAGUUUCAUUAGAAGAUUUAGCUUAAAUAUUGAUGGCACAAUAUGUGCCUAAAUGAAGGGGGAAAUUAGACUUCAGUGCUUCUCUAAAUUACAUGAAAUAAAAACAGAUGUUAAGACUUAUUAGACAAAACCUCCAUUAGCUUCAGAAAGUGUUUUUGGCUAAGUAAAGAUCUUGUGAUUGAAAGUUGUUCCAUUUGUAUACUUUUAGUCUUUGCGUUCUGAAUUAUUAGUCCUUCAUGUAACUGAGGAACAUGACUUUGGUUUGAAUAUGUGGCACUGGCAACAGCCUUGAUGUACUCAUAGCAAUUAGUUUCUGCAAGCUGUGUGGGUAAAACAGGACCCUACAGCAGGGCGUUCCAAACCUUUGGUGAGGCACAUCUUGGUAAGGUGAUGGUCUUGAAUGCUCUUCCUCUCCUGUUCCCCACAGCACAGACCACUGACUUCUCAUAGUUGUGUUAACCAUUCUCCCACCCAUUCAUUAGCAGCUAGCCUUCUUGUGGCAACAUGCAAAAGUAAUGGGAAAGUGAUGCAUUCUUAACUGUCCUUCAAUAAAAUGAUCAGCUGGAACUGUCUAGCACAAUUUGAGAUCCACUACCCAAAAGUUACUUGCACAUUUUAGAAACCUUAUUCACAGAAACACAGGGCUAUGUUACCCAUUCCCUUCUAAGUAGAACUCCCAGAUACAUUUCAAUGGGAAUGGCACAAUAGUCCCAAUACAGGGCUCUUUAUAUCCCGACAGAUUCUGAUACCCUUACCCACAUCGAGCAGCACUUUACUGAGAACUGCUCGGUGGUCCAGAUCUUCAGCAGGCGUGUGGUGAGAUCAGUGGAGCAACACUGAUUUACGCUAGCUGAAGACCUGGCCUGAUGUGAGUUAAGGUAUUAGAAUCGUGCAGUUAUUUUAACUGUCUAAUAUCUUGGAUCUAAAACUGUUUUCUUGUUUUAAAGAAGAAUUUACAAAAGCCUGGGCCGUGAAUGGUGUCUUUGGGUCUGAUUGCUGGUGAAAAUGGGAAGUAACUCAGUUGAUGUCAAUGGUGUGAAAAGAAUCAGGCCCAUUUAUUCCUUAACCCGUGUUGCUAACUGAACUGGGUCUUUAUGCUGCAUUGUUUUAUGAUUGUUUGUACUAUUUCUUUUUGUGGUGAUGUUAUGUAAGGGAGUGACUAGCACGGUAAGCCUGUAUCGUUUUAGCCGUGUAAAUGUGAAGCUUGCUGUACAAUACUGCUACAAUAGCCACGACUUCCGUAGUGUAUGUAAAUGGAGUCUGUAAUAUGGUGAAAAUUGACAUUUCCUUUUCAAAUGUGAUGUAAACUUUGUACAGUAAAUUUUUUUUAUAUUUUCUAUCAACUGAGUUUGUCUUCCAGAAUUGCUAUUAAUUUAAUUAAAAUUGUUAGUAUUAACAAAGGGUUCUGUAUUAGUUUAUGCAACUGGCAAAAAAAAAUUGCACUCUAUGCUAAUAAAAUUCUGGAUAUUUAGGAUUCUUUUCUGUGAAUAAAUCUCUGCUCUGGAUAAAACAA